AGUCGGGUGGGAGCCGCCGCAGCACCUGGAAUCGCGGCCGAGAGCCGCCGCCGCGCAGCUUCGCCAUGCCGAAGAGAAAGGUGACGGUAGCGGACGGGGAGGCCCCGGAGGAGCCGAAGAGGCGAUCGGCGCGGCUGUCCGCUAAACCUGCUCCUGCAAAAACAGAGCCGAAACCAAAAAAGAUAGCAGCAAAGGAUAAAUCUGAGGACAAGAAAGCUCCAUCAAAGGGGAGAAAGGGGCCUAAAGGGAAACAGACAGAAGAGACAAACCAGGAGCAGACAAAGGACAACUUACCUGCAGAAAAUGGGGAGGCUAAAACUGAGGAGACCCCAGCAUCUGAUGCAGCAGUAGAGAAAGAAGCAAAGUCUGAGUGACAUCUGGUACUAAGUCUUUAAUUGGUGGUCCUUAUACUUUUCUUCUUGUACAAUUCAGAGGAAUAUUUUUAUCAACUAUUUUGUAAAUGCAAGUUUUUUAGUAGUUCUAGAAGACACAUUUUUAAAAAGGAGAGAAUCGCAACUCAACCCAUUUUUUUACAUAUUUAGAUAAGUGUAAAUGCUUUUUUUAAGUGGUAAAAUCAUGUACUGGUUGUCUGUUUUCUAUGAAACCAGAAAUUAAUGGCAUGUUACAUUAAGGAGAGGAUGGCUCUGAAGCCUUGGCUAGGCUUCAAGUUCCAUAGACUGGGAGGGACAGUUUUUUUCUAUCCUAUUAAAUUAAGCAUAACACAGAUUUGACUUUGGAAUUCACAAUGAUAUGUUGAGAAUGUCUUAACAUUUUGGUUAUUUAUCUUUAUCUAUGGUUGUACCAUCAGUAGAAAUGCUUACCUAAUAAAACUGCUCCCUAGUGUUGGAUUUGUUGCUGAGUGACCUAUAUCUGUGACAAAGUUAAUUUUGGUAGUUGCAGCUUUAUUUUUUCCAACAACUUUGUAGCUGUAACGCAAAAAAAGAUAGACUGAAAGUUUCCAAUCUAAAUACUGACUAAGUAAAAGUUUCUGCUUGGCAGACGUAACUUGCUAUGUCAGUAUUUGAGACACUGGAACUUCACAUCCAAUUUUAAAGGACAGCUUCGCUACAAAAAUGAAAUGAAACAUAUUUGAAAUAGUCUUAGAAAAAACCCCAAAGAAUUACAGUUUUUAGAUUUAAAAAAAAGUGAAUAAGAACAACUGUAAAAUUGUUCAUAGUGUCUGUGAUCACCAAAUAAAUCUUGAUUAUGAAAGGAUGUUUCUGCAUUGAGUAUGACAACUUGCAGUGGUGUAGUUCUUGAUUCUUAAAUAUGUUCUUAACAUGGUUAAAAAUGUACUUAGCAAGAGAUAGGUGGUAAUGCAGGGAGUGAGUAGCAAGUAGAAAACUAGUUGCAGUCUUAAUCUGGACUUUGUUUGAAAGAUGAUAGCCUAGUGCUGCUUCUUGUUACCUUAACAACAAAAAAGUAAUAAUUAGUAAGCAUCAGAUGUUCUUAUCUGUUCAUUAUCUAAGAGUCUGCAUAUGCAGAUUCUUGUGUAAAUAAGUGCUUUAAGGAAGAUGCACAAAGCAGUCUUCUUGAGUGGCAACUGAUCAGAUGGUGUUGCUGUUGUGUUGGAACCUUAUUGGAAUUUCCCCAAAUAUUGUCUUAAAAAUCAAUAAAGCUUCAGAUGUCUGGGGAAAGACGAACCUAGGCUGUGAACCUGCCCAGGUAGCUCAGUCUGUGCAAUGGAACCCAUAGAGGAUGAGCUGUGGAACAGCCUGGGCAGGAACAGGGAGAGAAGUAGCAGAAAACUUCCUUGUUGCUAAUGAUGAGCAACUGUGAGGUGAGCUCACCAUGCUGUGACCAGCUGUGACCAGAUACAGCUGCUAUGUAAGGGUGCAGAUUGACAGUUGUUUCAAAUAAAACAUACCUGUGCAGAGAGAUAAUUCACAUAGCACAAACCUGUCCUGAUUCUUCCUUGCUGUACUCGUGAAAAUUAAAUCAAUCUUGUUUGAGAUUUAACAGCCUUUCAUGAGAAGGGAGGCAUGUUAAGUGUAUAUUACUUAAGCUUAAAAUAAACAUUUAAAUCUAGUACAGCAUUACUUAGCUCUCCCACAGAGUGCAGCAUUGUUUUGGAUUGUUGGUUGGUUUUCCAUUUCAUGCUAUUUUGCUGAAUUGCAGCAGGUAGUAGCAUGGUUUUAUCUUACCAGUUUAUUUGAUGCAAGUCAGCUGUCAACCUUGACAUGGGAGGACUCAAGACCAAAAAGUAACAUUUGUUCUUAUUUUUACUCCUUCACUGAGAACUUGCUUAUGAUCUUAAGUAAC